CCUUUAACAACGAACCGAUUUGUUAUGAGAGCAAUGAUUGACGUUUGGCUUAUCCAUAAUACUUACCAGAUAUACGCGAGGUGUAACCUUACUCAGCCAAUCGAGUUUUGCUAAUUGAAACUUCCUGUUAUGGUUGCUACGACAAGUUAGUAAUGCUGCUCCAUAACAACAACCAAUUUUUUUUGCAGUACAGUGUUAGGAAAAGAAUCAGUUUUAGCGGAUUAGCUAUUUUUGACGUUGUUGUUUAUAUCGUUUUUAAUAUAAAUAAGUCUUCUGUCUUGGAAAAUAAGUAGCAGAAACGAUUGUGCUGGUAACGAAAAAUGGCAGAACCUGCAGAAGGAAAGAAAGAUGAAGCAGAUUACAAGAGACUACACAGCUUUCCAUUAAUCAGGCACUCAGAUAUGCCAGAGGAGAUGAGGGUCGAAACAAUGGAGUUAUGUGUAACAGCCUGUGAGAAAUUUGCUACAAACAAUGAGAGUGCUGCAAAAAUGAUCAAAGAGACAAUGGAUAAGAAGUUUGGAUCCUCUUGGCAUGUUGUCAUCGGUGAAGGCUUUGGAUUUGAAAUUACACAUGAAGUUAAGAACCUGCUAUAUAUGUUUUUUGGCGGCAGUCUAGCUGUUUGUGUAUGGAAAUGCUCAUGAAAAUAAAGAAAGAAAGUAUAUAUUUUAAA